CUCCUCCUCCGUCUCUUGUUUUCAUUCCUUCCCCCUUUCCCUCCUUCCCUCCUUUUUUUUGUUUGAAACUUUUUGUACCCUUUUUAAGCCUCCUUUCCUUCCCCUCCCUUUUCCCUCAGCCAAAGAGAAGGGGCCCCCUUUUGCCUCAGAGACCCCGCCAUGGAGACAUGAACAAGGCCUCCCCUUCCUCCUCCUCCUCCUCCGACAUGGAGCCAGCCGGGAACUAAACAAAGGGCGCCCCAGCCGAGCUCUCUCUUCUGCCCCUUUCCAGCCUCAGCCUCAGCCUCCUCCUCGACCAUCAUGGGGCUGGUUUGAUGGAGCGAAUGCUGGCCCCUGCUUGCAGCCCUCCUUCGCGCACCUUGGCAGGGCAGGUAGCUGUAUUCACUUGGGUGGCAGGCAGACCCAAGGGGUACCAUGAAGUUUCUGGGUCCCCUGGAGAGCCAGAGAUUGUCUCUCCUCCUGGAGACGGCAAUCUCUAGAGAAGCUCAGAUGUGGAAAGUGCACUUGCCCAGAAUUCAGCCCAAUCAGGAUGCAGGCAUUUCUCCAACCCAGCGGGAUGAAGUGAUUCAGUGGAUGGCCAAACUCAAAUGCCAGUUCCACCUUUAUCCAGAAACACUUGCUCUGGCCGUCAAUCUCUUGGACAGGUUUUUAGCUGCAGUGAAGGCCCGUCCAAAGUACCUGAAUUGUAUUGCAAUCAGCUGCUUCUUCCUUGCUUCCAAGACCAUUGAGGAAGAUGAGAGGAUUCCAGUACUGAAGGUGUUGGCCAGAGACAGCUUUUGUGGCUGCUCUCCAGCUGAAAUUCGCAGAAUGGAGAAGAUAAUUCUGGAUAAACUGAACUGGGAUCUUCACACAGCCACUCCGCUGGAUUUCCUCCAUAUUUUCCAUGCGGUCGCCUUGUCCACCAGGCCUCAACUGCUGACCACCUUACCCAAGGUGAACCCGUCCCAGCAUGUGGCUCUGCUUACCAAGCAGCUGCUACACUGCCUGGCCUGUUAUCAGCUUCUUCAGUUUAAGGGCUCCAUGCUGGCAUUGGCCAUCAUCAGCCUGGAAGUGGAGAAGCUUAUCCCUGAUUGGCUCGCCCUCAUCAUCGAACUGCUUCAGAAGGCACAGAUGGACAGCUCCCAGCUGAUCCACUGUCGGGAACUCGUGGCCCAGCACCUUUCCACACUGCAGCCGUCUCUGCCACCCAACUCCGUCUAUGUCUACAGUCCCCUCAAGCACAACCUGGUGACCUGUCAUGCAGGGGUCUUCCGCUUCCAUCCCUCCUCCAUCCCAGGCCCAGACUGCAAGGACAACCGCAAACCGGAAGUGCCAAACAAAGGUAUCUCUGUGCUCUCCCAGCGCCGGGCGGCUCCCAGCCGAUGCAAACAAGCAACAGCCAAGCGCAAAGUGGAAGAGAUGGAGGUGGAUGACUUCUACGAUGGGAUCAAGCGGCUCUACAAUGAGGAGAAUGCUCCGGAAGGGGUGGCCCUCGAAAGCAAGGCCGCUCCCACCUGCAGCACUGAUGUUUCACGACAAGGGGGAAGUGUUUCCCCUUGCCCUCCUUUGCAGCCCAUUUCUGUCAUGUAGCAGUGCUCUGCACCUCAGGAGAGAAGCUGCUCCCUUGUGCAACAUCGGGCAACAAUCGCCUUUUGUGGCCUGAGUAGAGCAAAGGCUGUACCUUGCAAGGGCUAAGAGAAGCUAGGUUAUCCUUUGAAAAGAAUCCCCUUUCCUACUUUCCUUGUGCGGCUAAUUAUAGUUCAACUAUGAUUUAAGUAUUUAAAGGCCAAAAAAAGUAUAAAAAACCUUUCAAAAAGACCCAAAAACCAAACAAAAAAAGUAGCAAAAAUUGUCCCCCUCUAGUGUUGUCUGUGCACUGUUUCAGUCUGCUGUUGUGUUGUAAUCUCUUCCAUUGUGUUGGGGAGUUCACACUGUGUGCAAAAAUCAUUUUCAGAUUUCUAAGCAUCCCUCACUCUGAGUUUGCUCCAUUUUGAGAACUCUCCUCUUCCUCUCUAUUUUAAAAAAUAGUUUUCUGAACCUCUAGUGCAUGACAUCUUGUAUUUUGGCACUUUGACUUGGUGCUGCUUUUAUUUUCUUUGCAAACAAACCAGAACCCCUUCCUUGUCCUUCUCUUGUUUUCUGUCAUUUAGCACUUUGGUGUUUUAAAUGUGAUAAGUACAACUAGAUCUACAUUCAAAAUUAGUCAGUUAAAAAGGGUGCCUGUGAAAUAUGAUGUACCAAAAAACCCAAACAACAAAUAGAGCAGGGCAAAUGAACACCUGAUGAAAGUAUAGGAUUUGUUGCAGGCAGUUUUAUGGAAAACUGGAAGCAGUCUUUGUGGCUGCCAUUAGACUGACCAAAUAAAAAUAAGACUUUAAUGAGUUUUUAAACACAUACACAAACACACAAUACUUCACAUGAAUAUGUGCAUUAAAUGCAAAAUGUAAUGAAACCAAAAUUUAGCUGAGGUUGACAGAGAUGGAGUCUGUGCUGUGGCAGUUUUCUAAUCCAGAAUUUUUGCUUUGUGUAAGUGAUCAGCACAGAUUUCCCCCCCACUUCCUUUUCCUCCCACUGCACUCCCACUUUUAUGUUUGUGUAACCUUUUAACCUGAAGCAAGGGCAAGAAAAAACAUUUAAAAGAUCUUGUACAUUAAAGUUAAAAGCUCUGCUUCUCAGAAUAAUCGCUCCUUUAUAUUAAAGCUCUCUUCACAGCCCUUUGGAAGGUAUUGCGUUCAGCAGCGAUACUGAGGAAAGCCUUCUGGUAGCAAUAAAAAAACAAAACAUGUUGUCCUUCA